GAUCCAUUUACAAAAUCUUUAAUGAACAAUUAAAAUUCCAUUUAAAUAAAAAAUUCAAGAUAUUUAAGUUGUCAACAAGUGUCAAAGCAUUAAGCAAUAUUAAUUGCAAAUUGUCUGACAAAAGAAAUGCUUUAAACAAAACAAAUGACAAAGAAAGGUGCACAAUAAACGCGUGUGAGAAAAAGCAAAACAAAGAAAAAAUUUUUUCUAGAAAAGCGCCAAUAAAAAACAAUGAACUCCCCCAGGGGAAACCGAAUGAUCUUCAAAAUGUAUUGGCUAAUACUGAUACUAAUGCCCCUCACUUGGGCCAGCAGCAGUGAUUUGAAGGGAGCACCUGUGAUGACCACAGAGGGCCCCACUUCAGUCCAUCGAAAUGCCCAUCAGCAGCAGCGAUUGCAGCAAUUGCAGGAGGCGCAGCAACUGGAGGCCCAUCAGCAACAUCAUCAUCAUUUGCGGCACGAGCAGCAUUUGCGGGCCGAGCUGGAGGGGAAUCAUCAGCCGCCGAUCGAGAACUUCGAAAUGGGUGGGUCCAAGAAGACCUUCAUCGAUCCCCAAUUGCCCAUGCAGCAGCACCACUUGCGUCACCACAAUCGUCAUCAUUUGAGCUGGGAACAGAGGGUCUUCCCCUCGUUGCGUCAUCAGCAGCAUCGCUUGGCGAUUGGAACCAGUACGGCCAGAAAUAUUAUAACCACUGAGGCACCCACUACCACACAUCAUGGUCUGAUCACAAAUCACUCGCGCUACUUUGAUAGGGAUGGCAUCUUUCCCUCCUGGGCUGAACCCCGAUCCACCAGGGGUCCCAACUGGCGACAGGAAGUGGAUUCCAGUGACUCCGAUGAGGAUAGCGAUGAGGAUGACGAUGAUGAUGAUGAUUAUGAGUACGAUGAAGACGCCGAUUCCAAUGGGGUCGAUGAAGAACUGGCUCGACAAAUGCCCAGAUACUCUUUGUUCAACCAGAAGUUACCGCACAUUGACUUAAAAGAACCCGAUUACAAUGGCUACGAUCAGUCUGAUGAAUUGGAUAUAGUUUCGAAUAAAAAUAAUAAUCAUAAUAAUAACAAACAUCCCAGUGUGGCCAAUCCGCACGAUAAGCCAGCUGGCAAGCGCAACAUAUUUGAUUGGUUCUUCAAACAAGAUAGGGAAAAGGAAGUUGUUAAAAAACCGCACACCACAGCCACUACAACGACCACCACUUCGACGACCACAACCGUAAAGCCCAUAGUACGUACUGAAAGGCCAAAACUGCAAUUAAUAGAUGCCAAUCUGAGGAACAACGGUGGCGAAGAGGAGUACUCGAAUGAGGAUUCGGACUCCGAAUCGGAGGAGGGUUUCUCCAACGAACAGUGGAACAAAAUCGAGCAUGAACAUCAUCUCAAACAGCAGAAGCAUCAGAAGGAACUAGUGGCGUUGCGUGAGAAGAGCAGGAACACCCCACUCAUAAGAAACAUUGAGAAUGAGGAUGUGGAGAACAUUUAUGCACGCAACUAUAUAGCUGGAGGGGUGGCCCAGAAGAAGGAGGUCCAGUUGGGAACCCCCGAAGCGGCGAUGAAAGCGAGACGACUGCACGCCCAAAAGCUGAAAAGUGAGAGAGCCCUUGCCCACGCCCACAUGAACCAGGUGCUGAAGGAGGCCACCUGCCGGAUCCCCCAGAAACGCUGCCAGCUGGUCCAGCAGGACCCCUCGAAGAUCUACACGCCCCACUGUACCAUUCUGCAUCGCUGCAGCGAGGACAGUGGGUGUUGUCCGAGCAGAAGCCAAAUCUGUGCCGCCAAGAGCACCCACAAUGUUGAGCUGCAUUUCUUUGUGAAAAGCACCAAACAUCGGAGUGUCAUCGAGAAGCGAACCUUUGUGAAUCACACGGAGUGCCAUUGCAUCGAGCGAUCGACCUAUAACGAGGACACAGCUAUGGCCAACUAUGGGCAGUCGGUGGUCCGGGCCACCAUACUGAGUUGCACCUGUCCGAAGAGCUUUGAGAAGAUCCUGCAGGAUGACGGGCAAUGUCGAUGCGACUGCAGUUCCGGAAACUAUGACUGCGAUUGGUUGAAGCGGGGCAACGAGCACUUCGCCAUGAACGAUCGCAAGUGCAUACAACAAGGUCGCUGCAAGCCGCCCACCUGUGAAUUCGGCCCCUACAUGGACAAACACGGUCGCUGUCCCAAACAACACGAACAACCCGCCUAUAAUGCCAUGUCAUAAGCGAUGCAUCUCCCCAGGGAAGAGCAUGCUGAGGAAAAAGCCAGGAAAAGUAUUAUUCAGUCUGAGGCAAACUCAAAAGCAGGCGAGAAGGGAAACUAGACACAUUUUCCUUUCCUGACAAGAGUAAAAGCAAAAAGUGAGACGUGAAUUUAGUUGCAUAUCCUAUACAAAACAAUACGAAAGUAAAACGAAUGGAAAUCUAUUUCUACACUAGGAUGGGUCGAUUUGUUAGAGAGCUAAAUUUUACUAAUUACCCAACAAAAUAUUCAAAAACUGUUAAGUUCAACAAAGACAAGUCUGCUCUUAUAUAACCAAAACCAAGGAAAAAUGUCCUUGCAUUUUUAAAUCAAAACUAAAUUUUAAAAGAAAAGUCUCGAAUCGUUGAAAAUUGAUUACUCAUUUCUUACUUUUAAAAAAAUCGAUCCAUCCUCAGAUACACAUACUACUUACGUAUUUGUAUAUCAGCUGAUUGUGUAUCAAUCCUCAAUCCGAUAAGCCAUUUAAAAUAACUGCAAGCAAAAAACCGUCAUUAAAAAAAUUCUAUAUAUUUAGCAAAACGAAAUAAGACUUUUUUGCGCAUGUUUUUACUCAAUAUGGAACUGUAGCAUUGUUCAUAAGUGUUUCAAUAUUCAAAAUCCACUAAUAAACCAGAAUGAAUUAUGUGUAUUUUAUGCGUAUGCUAAAUGAAAUUCCAAAUAUAUAAAUUGACUGCGUUUUUAGUUUUAAUUGACUAAUGUUAUGUUAUUUAAUUAUAAUAAACACACGAAAACGAAAACAAAUGUUUACAAUUACAAAUGAAAUAUAUUAACUACCUAUGAACGAUGAAAUAUAUUAUUCAUGUUACUUAAGCUAAGUUUUAACACAAAUCAAACGAAGCCAAUCCUUGAAAAAUCGCAACAAAAACAAAAUUAAAUUUUCAUAUUUAAUUUCUAGUCAAAUUUUAAUUUUGUUUUUCUACGACCACGAAUGUUUAAUCGAAAGUAAAUUCCGCCAUUGAACUCACUAAACGAAAGGCAUUUAAAGCGGAUACCACAAAAUAUAGGAAUUAAUCCAGUAAAAUAUAGCGAGAUAAAUGUAUAAACCAUAUGAACGUAAACUAGCCCACAACCUCUCUUGCUUUUUUUCUGCAUUUGAUAGAGACAACUAAAAUAAACCUAGGAUAUCUUCAAUAUCGCAUAAGUUCAUCUUGAGGAAGAACCAUCUUAAACUAAAUUUCAUUUUCAUUUGCUUCGUGCACAACCCUUAGUUAAGUUACAUUCAUACAUAGUUCCGACACCAAGCACUGUAUAUAUAUUUUAGAUAAAACCUACAUUUAAGGGGCACCCAAAAUGAAUCCACUUGGCACGAAUUAUGGCACACAAUCAUUUUCAACGGGAGAGAAAUAAUUCCUGGAUUGCAUAACGCAUUUGCAUAUUGAUGACAUUCGCACGGUGGCAAUCGAUGAGCUCAAUUAUUAAUUUCAAGCGGAAUUUGGGGCUUUAAUUAUUGUGAAUUUAUUUACCAUUAAGCCAGACACCAAAUGCCGUUUAAUGGCCUGUGCCUCAUUUCUGUUUACCCUAUAUUAUUGCAUGUUGGCCAUAAUUUACGGGCGAUCUAUUUGCUCAAGGUAAACUAUUAUAUUUAUUUAAAUUCGCACCCCACUUUCAAGUAAGCAUACGCAUAUAGAAAACGCAAUCUCAAUGCGACGUUGAAUGUGACGUGAAUAAAUUUCAAUAAAUCUGUGUAAUUGUUAAUAGAAGCUAUCACAAGAUACCAAGCAGAAUAUACGAAAGAUUACAUUUCAAAAUGAUUUUAUUUACAACUUUUAGCAUAAAUUUUAAUGUAUAAAAAACGAAUGUAAGCGUUAAGCUGAAAAACAAACCAAUACUAAUAAAAGAAACAUAUUAUUACUAUGCAAAAAUCCAAAUAAAUAUGAAAGUGAACAAAAAACAUCCCAACAAUAU